AGUCAUGUUGCAGUGAAAGAUGCGGGGCGGGACUUGACCACUCUCACUGUUAGAAGUGUUGCAAAACUUCAGGCUGGGACCAGUCUUUCCAGGAUAAAAAGGGGAAGACAUCGUUUUUUUUAGCUUGAAGAGGAUACUGCGACCAUGGCAGAUGAAGCAGCCAUGGCGGAGGACGGCAUCGGGCCAGCCCAGACCCCCCUGGUCGAGGUCAGCUUCCAGAAGAACAUCCACAGGAACCAGAAGUACCUGGAGGCGGAACCCAAGGCCCUGGGGGUCACUCAAAUCGGCCUGAGUGUGUUUCAGAUCAUCUGUGUGGCCGUGUUUCUGGCCAAAGGCCUGAGUCACAUCGGUAUUGACAUCCCCUUCUUCAUUUCAUCUCUACUGGUGUUAAUAGCCGGGAGUGUGGCUGUCGCAGCACAGAACCUCCAUCUGCCAACGCUGAGAGCCUGUCUGGGGAUGCAGAUCGUGGCGAGUGGCGCAUCCCUGUACAACGUGGGCUGUUCUCUGAUCAAGAUGGAAGACACACCCACCUACUGCUGGCACUAUUACUACGACAACAGCACACUUCGAACUGGCGAAAUCUGCCAUAGUAUAGAGAAUAUCCGCUCCCACUUUUAUGCUGAGUCUGUGCUCAUCCACGCUGCUCUGUUGGCCAUCUCCGUCACUCUGGCCGCCUACUGCUGCAAAGUGGUCAACUGCUGCGCACCAGCUCCCAGAAUGACGGUGAUCACUGUACAAGCCCCCGCCGUCCAACAGUGAGGAGACGCAUACAAAAGGGAUGCACGGUCACACACUUAUGCUUAUGUCAAAGCUGCACUAACACUUUUAUGUAUUAUAUUAACAAUGGACGACAUGAUUUAUGGUGUGUAAUGUGAAAUGUGUUGCUGGAGUUCCUCCUCUGUUUAGCCUCUUUUGGCUCGUUGUUUUGCCUUUUUUUAAGUCGCCGCUGUCGAAAGCUAAAAAAUCAGUUGAAACCACUUGUUCACUGUCUGCUCCCGAGCAACCAGAGGCCACUCCCAGUCAGAGGGCAGCAGGUGAUCAUGGAGCAGGAAGCAGCAACAUAAAGUCAGUUGCUGGCCGGAUUCCCACUGCCACUGUUUGCUGAAGCAAAUCCUUUUUUAAGAUAAUAUGUAAGUGUUUUGUUUACAGCUUGUCCUAGUGCCCCCGAGUGGUAUGAAAACAAUACAUGCAGCUUUUUCCAAUAGAUCUGUCUUUUGCAUGUAUUAAUUUUCUCAUAUGGUUUAAUCAUAGGCCCUGUUCAGACCAGGUAUUAACAUCCAUUCUGAGACUCUAGGGAUGUAUUUGUGUUCACACAUGGCGAAGCAUUCCUUAUUCACACUGCAGAAAUAAUGUGGCCGCAUCUCUGAUUGUGUGGUCUGAGCCCAAUAAGUCCGAGGUGUAUUCAUCACUGACCUGUGCUUACAUGGGACUGGAUUGCUCAACAUGCAUGUUAAUGCCAGGUAUGAUAUGAACACGGCCGUAGUCUAUAGUUGUCGUAAUGUUGUGAAAACCUUGGACGAUAUUAGAAUGGGGACAAGUAACUGACCAUUUUAUUAAUAACCAUAUGUUCAGAAGGUUAAUAACUCAACUUUAUGGAGACGACUAUUACAUUUCAUUUUAAUGCUUAUUAUGCACAUUACGCUUUGCUUAAAAAAUACUUGCGCUCAGAUUGUUGGUAACUUUAUAACGACCACUAUCUAUUAACGCUUCACACUUUCCUUUGUCACAGCAAUUGACCACUGUGAACAAUAAAAAGUUUACCCGUA